CGAUCGCUUCGAGUGUUAGUGUGUUUUCUCAUCGCUUGGCAAUCAAUGGCCGACUCUUCGCAAACCCAUUCGUGUGACCAUUGGGUCAGCUCCUCCUCAAUGAUGAUCAACAACAACAUCGACUGUCCGUCCGAUGUGUCGGACUGUGCGGACGGCGGACACAACCACUCGAUGGGCUCCGUCUCGUCGGUGGGCUCGACGUCGUCGCUGUCGACGGCCGGCGGCGCCGCUCUGGCCAUGGGUUUCGUGUCUCCCUCUCCGCCGCCGGUCUCUCACUCGCCGUCGUUGUCGUCGAUGGAGAGGUUGGAGGCGGAGAACCGGGCGCUCAGACAGGAAGUGGACGGACACAAGUUGCGCAUCAAAUCGCUGAUGGAGGAGAACAAGUCGCUGAGGAGGGCGUCGGUGUCCAUACAGGCCAAAGCGGAACAGGAGGAGGAGUUCAUCAGCAAUACACUACUCAAACGCAUCCAAGUGCUCAAGAAGGAGAAGGAGACGCUCGCACUCAACUACGAGCACGAAGAGGAGUGUCUCACCAACGACUUGAGCCGCAAACUCAACCAAUUGAGGGCCGAAAAGGUGCAAUCGGAGCGCACGCUAGAGCAGGAACAGGAGGCGUUCGUCAAUAAACUGAUGCGAAAGAUCGAGAAACUGGAGAACGAAACGCAAGCGAAGCAAAAGAAUUUGGAACAAUUGAGACGCGAGAAGAUCGAGUUGGAGAACGCGCUCGAACAGGAACAGGAGGCUCUCGUCAACAAACUGUGGAAACGCAUGGAUCAGCUCGAGAGCGACCACUCCAACCGCUGACAUACGGCCUUAAGCCCCACUCCUCCUCCACACCCCUCCCCUACCAGUCCCACUCCCGCGCCCCCCGUUGAAGAGCCUACCCCUCCUCCCGACAAUACCGAUCCCCCCUCUCUCGACCCCACGUCCUCCCCCUCGCCCUCUCUUUUUUAACACCCCCUCUAACCACACAUUUUACCCAAUGUUUUAAUAAGCGUGAGAAUAUAUAAAGUGGAAGAAAGUGAACGGCAAAGAGAUUUUCAGAUUUAAUAUCAGAUCAUAUAAUCAUUUUAUUAUUCAAAUAUCUC